CUUUUAAAAUAUUCUCAAGUUGCAUUUCACUUUCUUUCCCUGCUGUUGGUUAUAGCACCAAGCUUUCAUUCUUUGAUUUUCCACACAUGACACGGCUUUGAAAGGACCUCUCCUACUUCUCCCUACUCGGUGCCUAUUCUUUAUUUAUCCAGAAGAUGUGUAACCAAGUGCAGACUCUCAUCAUUCACUUUUGACGGACUGGCCUACCUUUUUUUCCCCAGCAGCAGCAGAGACCAAUUAUUGGACUUGCCUACUCUUUUUCCCCUCCUAAGUCUCCGAUAUAUAUCACUGAAUUCUCUUCAAGUUCUCAUCUUGCCUCAUUCUAUGAUUUGGACUCGAGAUAUCUAUGCAUGAAAAGGAUAGCUGUCCAUGUGAUUCAGUCCAAGUUUUUAUGAAGCGGGAAGGGGUGCUAUAGGUCCUUGAAUCCUGAUGGCAGAGAUUGUCAGCUCUGCACUUGUCCAUGAGACAGUCAACCACCUCCUAUCCAAUCUGGUUCAGAAAUAUGAGGAGAAAGUGGAAUCAAGUGCCAACAGAAACUUGGAGAGGCUAGAGAUGGCACACAUCAGGCUAGAGGCUGCUCUUGAGACGUCAGAGAAGUGGCAGAUCACUGAUGCAUCCUUGUUGCGUCGGCGUGGCAAGCUGAAGCGUGCCGCUCAAGAAUGCGAUGACACGCUGCAUAAAUGCAAGCAGAGGAUCCUAGAAGACGAACAGACGGAGGAAGAGGUGAGGAAGUCCUCAUUUCCUGUACGUAUAGCGCAUACUACCAAGUCGUUUGUUUUCUCCAUCUUUGGCCCCAACAAAGACGAGUCCAACAGCUCCACUGUUCGAAGGUUUGAGUGGUUUGCAGACGGUGCUAGCGAGUUUCUCAGAUUACUAGAGCUUGGUGGCAGGCCACGCCACCACAUGCCCUUUGAUCCUCUUGUCAGGCAUCUUCUGAAUGGCAAGAAACUACAGCACAGAAUCCUUCAAGCAAACAGGCGCCCUUUGUUUCUACAGUUGGUGCCGUAUAUUACUGCUGAGUAUGGAGUAGAGGCUAGACUCAUCUUUAUGCAGAAAGAUGGUAAUGCAUCAGGGGAUGACUUUUUCUUUUCUUUAAUGCUACAGCUUUCGGAGAGUACUGACAUAGUAGGGAUGGCAAUUAAGUGCCUGCAGCUAUAUGCCCCUCUUUUCAAUUUCAAGUCUGCAGUUGAAACGGUUAGGAAUAAACUUCUGCAACUACCUACAGAAGAUUUCUCAUGGGUGCCAGAUAUUGAUACACAUCACAAAGAACAUUGGGAUAUUCUUCACAGGUUUGGCACUGAUUGGUUUCGCCCAAACCCACUAUGUUGCAAACAGCAUGAUCAACACAAGCUCUGUCAUGGUAAUAGGAAGUUAAACAAGUCAAGAUUACCAGAUGUUUUUCUGGGAUCAGUUAUUGAAGUACAUCUGCAGUGCCAUGUCUCAGUCUUGGACUGCGACCAACAUAGGUCCUUCAUGUCUGAAACCAAAUAUUCUCUACAAGAUUCUCCAUAUCUGAAAGUUGGACUUCUAGUUACCCCCCAUGGUUGUUUAGAAAACAUCGUACAUGUGGAUAGAACUCCUGCAGUACCUGUGAUCUACAGUGAGGAACAGCAUUUCUUGCAGACAGACUUUACCUUGGGACAACUGGAAGAGAUCAUGCUGCCAAAGGCACUAGAUUACUUCUGCAAGAAUGACAAAGUGGCAGUCUACCAAAUGCUUUGGAAAUUACAACAUGGCGCUGCAUAUAUUCAGGUUGAGAAGGCAAGCAUGAGCACACAGAGAACAAGCAUGAGGAAUUCUCAGGGUCCAAGGAAAGGGAAGAUGUUGCAAUGGCAUGAUCAGGAGAUAGGGAGACAAACAAGUACCAUCUUUCAAUUCCUCAACCUGUGGGUUGCACAUGCGCCUGUCCAGCUGCAGGGCACGAUUGUCGACUGGAUUCAGAAAGAAAAGGAAAAACAGUUAGCAGAACUGCAGCCACAUCAGAAAUUCCAAAUCAUGCAAGGAAAAUGAGGAACACAAGACUGGAAAUGGGAUGUUCAUGGAACAAAUCAAGUAUUUGGAAUUACUAUUCAUAGCCGAGCAAAAAACAUAAAUGCUUCAAAAACAGUGGCAUGAGGAGCAAAUCCAUGGCAUGUAAAUCCCAAACUGACAGUUCGAAGCACUAUAUGUUGAGCACAUAACUGUUUAUUUAAUUUUUUAUGGUGCUGCGUGUUUUUCUCCAGCUGAUCCUUUGCUGACUUGGUUUUACCAUCAUAUGUCAAGUGUAAUGUGUUUUUAAGAUGUGUAUAGUUAAUUUCUAUGUGACUUGAUGGUUAUGGACCAUGAGCUAUUCCGUUCCUUUUCAGACAAUUAUAAAGAUUGGUGUAAUGCUCUGUUUUGUUCUGUCUUCUAAUAGAUUGGUGUAAUGCUCUGUGUCCCCCAUGCCCUAAACUCUGACACUCUGUAAAUUAUGAAUGGUGACUUGCAUUGCCUCUCCAGUCUCCAGUGAGGGCAAUAUAUUCAGUUGAGGAAUCAUUUUACCC